GUUGAGUACCGCGCACAGUGCCGAAGGAGGAGGAGGAGGAGGAGGAAGAGGAGAAGGAGGAGCAGCAGCAGCGAGUGGCGCGAAUCCCGUAUGCGUUAUGUCGGAACCACUGCCAAAGCAACGGUAUUUCCCGCGGCGACGAACGGCCGUCAUCCUGGUCGGCUAGGACUCGAAGGCGAUUACCCGCGUUGUCCGUCGCGACAACGAGAGACACGCUACGAAUCCACCGGCAGAAACGUCCGAGAAAUCAGCGACGGCCGCCGGAUAAGCGCACGCGGAACGAACGCGCAAUGCACGGCGCGACGUUGCGGUGCGUGAUGUCGAACGUCGUCGUGGUCGGAGAGCUACUCUAAAACGGAGUAGCUGCUUCUCUCGCCUGCGGCAGUGACCUGUACGCCAGCCGGGUCAGGUGGAUCGUCAGGCAGGCAGGCAGGCAGACAAACAGGCCGGCCGGCUCCAUAGCACCCGGACGGACAAAUCGACAACCACACGUGCUGCAUCUGAGAACCACGUGAUAACUCCUCUUGGAUAAUUGGUUUUAUGCGGUGAAAACAAACAAGACAUGGAGGAGUGGCAGCCUACAUUAAAAGCAACAGAAGGUCCUUCUCAGGAUGAUUCUGGGAUUGCAGAGUUACUAGAUGGUAAUCAUCAGUGGUAUGCAACUAAUCAUGCCAGACCUACAUACUGCAAUGUCUGUAGAGAUGCUCUGCAUGGUGUUACUUCCCAUGGUCUAAGUUGUGAAAUGUGUAAGUACAAGGUACAUAAGAGAUGUAGCACAAAAGCAAUAAAUAAUUGCAAGUGGACCACUUUAUCCUCCAUCGGAAAAGAUAUUAUUGAGGACCAAGAUGGGAACAUUAUAAUGCCACAUCAGUGGAUGGAGGGAAACUUGCCAGUGUCCUCAAAAUGUCUUGUCUGUGAGAAGACAUGUGGCUCUGUACUUAGGCUUCAAGAUUUGCGGUGUUUAUGGUGCAGAGCAACCAUACACACAGUAUGCAAAUCUGCUACAAGUAUCAAAUGUCCACUAGGAUCAGCUAAAUUGAGUAUAGUACCUCCUACGGCUUUGCAUAGUAUAGGUAGUGAUGAAGCCUGGGAAGCAGUUAGACCUACGGGCUGCAGUCCACUUUUAGUAUUUGUAAACAGUAAAUCUGGUGACAAUCAAGGUAUUAAGUUUCUUAGGAGAUUUAAACAAUUACUGAAUCCCGCACAAGUGUUCGACCUUAUAAAAGGAGGACCAGCUCCAGGAUUAAAACUGUUCCGUCACUUUGAUCCUUUCCGGAUCUUGGUGUGCAGUGGAGACGGAUCUGUAGGAUGGGUACUUUCAGAAAUCGAUCGGUUAGGAAUGCAUACGAAGCAAUGCCAGGUUGGAGUACUGCCUUUAGGAACGGGAAACGAUUUAGCCCGUGUGUUGGGCUGGGGUGCAUCGUGCGACGAUGAUACACAUUUACCUCAGUUACUAGAAAAGUACGAAAAAGCGGGCACGAAGAUGUUGGAUCGGUGGAGCAUUAUGACGUUCGAACGCGGUAUACCUCUGCCAUGUCAUAAAGUGACUUUACAUCAGCCUGACCCGGCUUUAAAUUCGAGCAUAGUUCACGAGUACGAAGACAGCGUUCUUGCUCACAUAACAAACAUUUUGCAAUCUGAUCAAGACGAUGUAAUUAUAUCUAGUAUCAAAGCUUUAUGCGAAACAGUAAAAGAUUUUGCAAAGCAUAUACUGGACGCCAGUCUAAACAUAGGGGACCAAGAACUGAGAGAAAAGUCCGAAGUACUUCAACAAAAACUUGACUUGUUAUUGCAAACAUUAUUGAAAGAAGAAAGCUACUUAUCCGAUGAUGAGGAAGAUGCUGACGUUGAUACUAUAAGAACAGAUAUUUCGAGUAGUAACCAAGAAGAAGAAAUUCUAGAAAAACUAGAGAAGGAAAUAACAAAUCUAAACAAGAUCAAGAGAAGAUGUUAUAUGGAAAAAGAUAACGUGAUGUCUAGAGCAAAUAGCUUGACAAGAGCUAUUCGGAGUUUAGUGGAACACACGGAAUCGACUAUCGAUGAACAGAAUAAUCCUUCAGACGAAAGGCAAAGUAGUAAAAUGCCAAACAUUACCAUAACAUCCGACAUUUCUCCGAUAAAUUUGGCGAGUAAAAACCAACAAUUAGAUUUACCUGGACUACAAAUAGACCAAAUCAACAACUUCAGUUUAAUACCAAUCAUCGACUCUGCCAGCAGCAUAGACUCUGUCAGCAUUUCACCAUAUCCCAGCCCUAACGUGGAAUCUUUAAGCCCAAUGCCGGAUUUCAGGAGAGACUUACAGCCAGAAAGGCUAUUGACUUUUUCUAUGCCUGACAGGCUCACCGACAGAAUAAAUAGCGAGAACAUACCGCAAGGAGCUUUCAGUUUUGAUGGGCUCACAGUGCAAAAUCCUUGCACUCAGCUGGGACUGCAAGUAGCUACUAACGAUUAUUUUAUAUCCUCUGAACUCACACAAGUGGAAGUCUCUUCCGAUAUCCCAGUGACUGUGACGAGAACUUCCUUGGAUACAAGCAUACCAUCAGACGACGCGACCAUGCAAGACGUUAUCACUUCUCCUGAUACAGAUUCACUUCAUUCUAGAAAUAUCUCAUCAGAAUCUCACGCACAAAAGCGUGACCCGAAGACUAAAGUAGAUCCGAGUAGUAGUAGCUGUACCAACAGCAUCAUCAGUACGGACAGCAUAGUCUCCGACACUUUGGACUCCAGGAGCUACACCGUUCGAAAUAGCGAAAGCGAAAUCGGUUAUAUAGACAGUGACAUAUUCGAUUCGUCGAAAAAAUCGAACAGCUUGGAGAUUAGGCACAUCGACUCGCCAGAUAACUCUGACGUGUUUCCCAGCGAGGCUCAGCCGUCUGUGAGCAUGAUGGACGAUCUAAGUUCUCUCGGACAAGACUUGAUCAGUACGAUACUGACUGAAAAAUAUGAUUCUGUUAAAGAAUGCUUGAUGCUCGAGGAUUUCGAGAAGAUCGAGAAAAUCGAAAAACCGCAGAAACCGCAGAAAUUUUGUAGUUUGGCCCGGUUCGUUGAGGGAGACGACAUCGCGAGACAGUCAUUCAAAAAGAAAAAUGUCAAAAUGGACAAAGGAGUGAAUAUUGAGGAAAAUAAAUGCAAAACAGAAGGCUCAGCGACGUGUUUGCGUGUGUCAGAAAACGAGUCAAUGCAAUCUGUGGAGACGAAUGUGAUACCCAUAGCGACCAAGUCUGAAAAUAUUGAAAGGACGUCCGAUUUGCUGAGCCCGAUAUGCUGCAUCAACAUCUCAUCGGACAACACGCCGGUUAACGAAAUACCCCCUACGAACUAUCCGCCGAUGUUUAGUGUCAUCAUUGAUCCACCAAGCCCAUCGAUGUCGAUCAAGAGCCAUCAGGAGCUUAAUUUGAAUGACAGGCUGGACCCGCAUAUGAGACAGUAUAGCAACGGCCAUAUGGAAAGACUGACUGUGGAGCUGCCCGACUCAGGAUUUUCUCCGCAAGCUACACGACGUAUCAGCAGCGGCAGUUUACUGAAAACAUCAGAACUUAUGUCGUUGACGGCGACCGCUUCUUGUUUGGAUAGUUCGAACGUGAGUUUGCGUAACGAGAGAUCAAGAUCAAUGGACAAGACGGAGAAUGUGAAGAAGCUUCCGAUAAUAAAUCCUUUGGUCCGAUUGCCAAUGUGGCCAAACGUCAGUGGUGGAGUUGGUCUUAUUAGUCAAGCGUUACUGGCGAACGCAGAUGCUCUCUGUGCAGCGGUAUCACCGUUGAUGGAUCCGGACGAGUCAUCGAUGGAAGGUUACAUCGAGCGAAGUGUCAUGAAUAAUUAUUUCGGAAUCGGCAUCGACGCGAAAAUCAGUCUCGAUUUCCACCACAAACGAGAAGAGCAUCCUGAGAAAUGUCGAUCACGCGCAAAAAAUUACAUAUGGUACGGCGUUCUGGGAUCUAAAGAGUGGCUACAGAAGACAUACAAAAAUCUCGAGCAGAGAGUUCAAUUGGAAUGCGACGGUCAAAGAAUACCAUUGCCGUCCCUGCAAGGAAUAGUCGUAUUAAAUAUACCAAGCUUUAUGGGUGGUACGAACUUCUGGGGUGGUACGAAAGAGGGAGAUCUGUUUUUGGCACCGUCGUUCGAUGAUCGAAUAUUGGAAGUGGUGGCGGUUUUUGGGUCCAUUCAAAUGGCCGCGUCGCGACUCAUUAACUUGCAGCAUCACAGGAUAGCUCAAUGCCAGACGAUUCAGAUUAAUAUUCUAGGAGAAGAGGGUGUUCCUAUACAGGUAGACGGUGAGGCUUGGAUUCAACCACCUGGAAUUAUAAAGAUUGUACAUAAGAACCGCGUGCAAAUGCUCUAUAGAAAUAAGGCGCUCGAAACAUCACUAAGAACGUGGGAGGAAAAGCAGCGCAACAUGGUGAGCGCCGUAGGUCAGUCGACCUCUGUGAGCGAUACGUCGCAGCCUAAAAUAGAGUUGCAAAUAAGCAGUAAACCUUCGCAACUGAAUGAAGAGGAACUUCACAUUCUGUUUAGCUUUAUCGAGGUUGUGAGCACCUUAGUCAAGUGGGUGAAACUACUGAUUAUAUCGCAUCCAAGCUUGGAACCUAAUUUGUAUCAGAUUGCUUCUCGAACGGCCCAAACGCUUGAGCAAAUGCAACCGGACGGUAAAAUCUUGCAAGGGGUGAGUUUGAGACCCAUGGUGACCGAGUUGGUAUUAAGCGCGCGACAAUUGUACGAGGAGUCUUGCGAAUUGUUACACGAUAAGGCUCAUAAUUUAAGACUACAAGAUGACUUGGAAAACAAAUUAUCCCUGGCUCUAACUAAUAUGGAGCAGGAAUUACGAAAGUGCACUUUUGACGAGAGAAAUACAGGACUGGUUUACUUGCACGUUCCCGUAGACAAUCAGGGUGAUAAAAAAAAUCGUCAUCGAGGAUUGUUCUGGUUAAAGUUCCGUCGUUUCACUGGCCAGUCGGACACCCAUUCGGCGCGGGAUCAGGUCACCACGAAAGGCGUGCAGGAGGUGUGCAUCACCUGGUUAGAGAAUAUGCAGUUGGACGAGUACAUUGACAAAUUCGUAUCGCAUGAUAUACGAGAUAGGGAGCUGCUAGCUCAGCAUGAUCCGAAGGACCUCGGCAUCACCAAGAUGGGGCAUGCAUCUUGCAAGCUAUCAAUAACUAAGCGUGACUUCAACAACUAAACAUUACAACACACGUUGCGCUACUUAUGUGUUUAACGUUGGCGUUAAACUAACGUGUAUCACCUGAGGUAACGCAAACCUCCUCCUAACCAUCAUUCCAAAUAAGAGAAACACGCAACCAUAAAUUAUUAUUUGACAAGGAGAAUUUUCUUAAAUCUAAUAGAUCUAUACAGUGUUAAUUAUUACAACUUCUGAAACAAACUACAUCAUGUGGAUACUGUGUAACAGAGGACAAUGUUCGCCACGAUAAAUAUUGCUCGCGGCGAGUUCACCCGGUGUUGUGAGGGAGGAACUUCGUCUGUGCCAAAUACUUAUUCUAUACUGAAAACUAUCUAAGAAAAGCAAAAAAUAAAUUUGUCAAUUCGCCGACAAAUUUUUAUCGCGAUUCUAUAUAUAUUUAUAUACACACAUAUUGACGUAUACAUAUGCGCGUACACAACAUAUGUAUAGUACAAAAUAUGAGAUGCGUCUCCCAAGGAAACGAAUUUCACUUCACUAUCACACUAAAGCAUCUUAAAAUCCGUGACGAAAAAGGUCUUAUAAACCACACAUAGAGCAGAUAUUCGUAAAACAUAUAUAAACUAGCAAAGAUAUUUUAUAUAUCACAGACUAUCACUAGAAUAAUUCUCUACAACGUCACUCAGAUGUAUUUAAUCACAUAACGCAUUUAUUCCUACUCGAAAUCGUAAGAUUUUACAUGCGACUUUGGUGUCUCAAAGCUGCGAAUAUUAUAUCUUUAGAAGCGUCUUUUACAUCAAUUGUCAAAGAUCAAUUACGUAUGUUUCUACUUUGUAAUUCGCUUCAUCGAUUCGUCAUCAUUUAAUCCUGUUUGAAUUUAAUCUUUGGCAUCCAUUUCGUCGAUUUGCCGUUAUGCAACACGCAUUUUAACGACGGACGUGUUUUUUGCAACUAACAUACGCGAAUCAACGACUCUUUUGGUUUGUUUGAUAUUAAUGAUUAUUUCGAAGAGCAACGCCCGGGGGGCAUGAUAUACAGAGUGUCUCACACUCUCCUCUGGGCAUUUUGUGGGAACGUAGAAUAGGUUGCGGUGAACAUAAAAGUCCUAUACUAUAGUUUUGCAAUAUUCGCAAUAAUUAUCGAGAUAUUAAUUGUAGAAAA